GCAGAGAGCUACAGUUCUGCUCAAUAUAACAACUGAAUCAUAAAUUUUCUGCAAUUACACUGUUUGUUUAAAAAAAUGUUAUAAUUGAUUUUAGCCAAGGGAAAGUUGUCUGAGAUGAAGAGGCCUAAGACUGGCGGUGGUCCAAAGCCCCCAAGUCCAUCUCCCGCAGAAAAAUCCAUCUUGGAUAACUUGGACGGUAGACCUUCUUUGGAAGGUAUAUCUGGUGGCAUUGAUACAGCUGAUCUUUUGCCAAUCCAGCCUUCCACCUCCUCAGACAUGCCUGAAAAGAUUAAAGAGACAAGAGAUUCUGUUAAGUCAAAGAAGAAAAUGACUGUUCAAGAUUAUGAACAGAGGAUCCUUGGUCUGGAAACAGAGAAGUUGCAGGAACAAAUUAUGAAGAUAAAGGAUGAAAGAGAGCUAAUCCAGACACAGAAGUCCUAUUAUGAUUUAAAAUUUCAAAUAUUAGUUAAUUCACACCCAGAAGUAGUAGCUCAGAUGUUAAAAAGUAAUGAAAUUUAAAUGUCUCACAUAUAGAUAUAGCUGCAGAUCUGUAGCUCUCUGAAAAACAAGAGAUGUUUGAAAAACACUUAUGCCCCCCUUCCCCACA